GCGGGAUUCAAACUUCCGGAAGCGGCGUCCAGGCUGGAGAGUUGUAGGGGGUCUGACGCAACGACGCGGACGCUGUGUUUGGUCUGAGAUCAUUUCAAAGAUGUCUUCCAGAAGCCCGAAAGAUUUAAUUAAAAGCAAGUGGGGAUCAAGGCCUAGCAGCUCCAAAUCGGACACUGCGUUAGAGAAGUUUAAGGGAGAAGUCGCAGCCUUUAAAACAUCCCUGGAUGAAAUCACAAGUGGGAAAGGAAAAGUGACUGAGAAAGAGAAAUGCAGACUUUUGGAGAAAAUUCAAGUUCUUGAAGCUGAGAGAGAGAAGAAUGUUUAUUACCUCACAGAGAAGGACAAAGAAAUACAGAGACUCAAAGAUCAGUUAAAGGCAAGAUAUAGUUCCUCCUCAUUGCUCGAGCAGCUGGAAGAGAAAACGAAGGAAUGUGAGAAGAAGCAGCAUUUGUUGGAGUCCUUAUCCAAAGAGACAGAUGUCCUGAAGAAGCAAUUGUCCGCCACGACGAAAAGACUUUCUGAACUGGAAAGCAAAGCCUGCACACUCCAUCUGUCACAGAGCGGGCCUGCAAACUGCUUCAACUCAUCAAUGAGCAGCAUUCAUGAAAAGGAAAUGCAGCUGAAAGAUGCUCUGGAGAAGAAUCAGCAGUGGCUUGUGUAUGACCAGCAGCGAGAGACCUACGUCAAAGGACUUUUAGCAAAAAUCUUUGAACUGGAGAAGAGAACAGAAAUAGCUGCUACUUCACUCCCACAGCAGAUGAAAAAGACUGAAUCAGAAGGUUAUCUUCAAGAGGAGAAACAAAAAUAUGAUCAUCUCUUGGAAAGUGCCAAAAAAGAUCUUGAAGUUGAACAACAAACCGUAACUCAGUUGCGUUUAGAACUUGAUGAAUUUAGAAGAAAAUAUGAAGAAACUCAAAAAGAAGUUGAAGAUUUACAUCAGCUAUUGAGUGCGCAACGAAAGGCAGACAUACAACACCUGGAAGAGGACAGACAUAAGACAGAGAAGAUCCAAAAGCUCAGGGAAGAGAGCAAUGUCUUCAAGGGAAAGCUGGAAGAAGAGAGGAAAAAGUCUGAAGAGCUCGUAUCUCAGGUCCGCAUUCUCUACGAGUCUCUGUUAAAGCACCAAGAGGAACAGACCAGGGUGGCUCUGCUGGAGCAGCAGAUGCAGGCAUGUACCCUAGACUUUGAAAAUGAAAAACUUGACCGCCAGAAUAUGCAACAUCAACUCUAUGUGAUUCUUAAGGAACUUCGAAAAGCAAGAAGUCAGAUAACACAGUUGGAAUCCUUGAAGCAGCUACAUGGGUUUGCCUUUGCAGAGCAGUCGUCCCCACUCCAGAGAGAGCCUGAAAACAGAGUGAAAGUUACCUCACCCAAAAGUCCUACAUCUGCACUCAACGAAAGCCUGGUGGAAUGUCCCAACUGCAGUGUACAGUACCCAGCCAAUGAACACCGAGACCUGCUCAUCCAUGUUGAGUACUGCACGAAGUAGCAGAACCGUUCUCACCUUUGUACUGAAGAAGUCCACACUGUAUCCUAUGUCAGUUUAUGGGCACUUUGAAAAACAGAUUACAUCUUUUGCACACUGACUGACAUAUGAGGGCAUCCUUAUAUUUUUCUGGCCUCUUGGCAUUUUCCUUGGUAGUGGUACCUCCCUGAGCUGCUUCAUCAUAGGCUGCAGUGACAGAGUGUGGUGAGCAGUGGGUACCCAGACUUCUAGCACUUCACACUGUUCUUCUAACUAGCACUUCACACUGUUCUAGUACCCGAAGAACGAGAACUAUUUGGGUUAUUGGGCUUUAAACUAUUGACCAGCAAGCAAAUAUUUUAUGCUUUGGGGGUUUUAAGAGGAUCGGGAAGUAAUUAACCAUGGGUCUUACUGUGCUUUUUUAUGUAAGUGCUUAGUAUACUGUCACUUCCAGUUUGAUACCUCUUGCUGUUGUCGAACGGUUACUAGAAAAGUUGGGGGAGUUUCAUAAUCUCCAUUGCUGUUAACUUCUAAGCACAAAGCAGGUUUUGUUUGAAGAAUGUCUUUAGGUAGCUGCACAUUUUCACUCAUUCUCUGACCAUAACUGACUUAAAUUUCAUUAGCAAAAGUUGGUGCCGAAAUGAACAAACUUUAACAAAAUUAUCUUGCCUCCUUAUUCAGUUUGCAGGUAUUUUAUUAUAUCUUGGUGGAUUUGUUUUUUGGCACUCUCAAAGAUGGGUGAGCAGUAUAAUUAUCAGAUAUUUGUUUUCUGAAUAGAUAUUUUUAUAUAUGCUUUAUGUAAACUAAAAGAUGUUUUAUUUCUUCAGAUUUUCUAACAUGCUUAAACCUAGGCUGCUGUUAGCAAUAUGAAGGAAAAAAUAAUAAAAUUAUUU